AUUGGGAAAGGGGGACGGGGAGGGGGGUCUCAGGGGAGGGCGGGCAGCUCUAAUUGGUUUCUCAAUGAAAGAUAAUCACCUAUUCCCUGGAGAGGCUAGGGAUUAGCACUCUGCUUCUGGUCUCCAUCGCUUUUAUCCGUCUCAUCCUCCUCCCCUCGGUGCUUUUUAGUCCGUUCAGCAGAAGUGGAUCGAAGCUAGCGGCUCCUGGCACCCGCAGUAGGGACAGCUCUCCGGGGCGCUCCUCCACUUAGCGCCCCACUCACUCCCGGUCCCGCUCCGCGCUCGCCAUCCCGCCCGCCCGCGGGUCGUCCCAGCCGCCGCGCCGCCCCAAGCCACCGCCCGGGGGGCGGAAAAAAAGUUUCUUCGAGGGGCUCCGGGGAGGGGAGAAAAAUGAGCAGCGAGCUGGAGGAAGACUUUGCCAAGAUUCUCAUGCUCAAGGAAGAGAGGAUCAAAGAGCUGGAGAAGCGGCUGUCGGAGAAAGAGGAGGAAAUCCAGGAGCUGAAGAGGAAGCUCCACAAAUGCCAGUCGGUGUUGCCGGUGCCCUCCACCCACAUCGGCCCCCGGACCACCCGGGCGCAGGGCAUCUCCGCCGAGCCGCAGACCUACAGGUCUUUCCACGACCUCCGACAGGCAUUCCGGAAGUUCACCAAAUCAGAAAGGUCCAAGGAUCUUAUAAAGGAGGCUAUCCUUGACAAUGACUUCAUGAAGAACUUAGAACUGUCCCAGAUCCAAGAGAUUGUGGAUUGUAUGUACCCAGUGGAAUAUGGCAAAGACAGUUGCAUCAUCAAGGAAGGAGAUGUGGGGUCACUGGUGUAUGUCAUGGAAGAUGGGAAGGUUGAAGUGACAAAAGAAGGUGUGAAGCUGUGCACUAUGGGGCCUGGGAAGGUGUUUGGAGAGCUGGCUAUCCUUUACAACUGUACCCGGACAGCCACCGUCAAGACUCUUGUAAAUGUGAAACUCUGGGCCAUUGACCGACAAUGUUUUCAAACAAUAAUGAUGAGGACAGGACUCAUCAAGCAUACCGAGUAUAUGGAAUUUUUAAAAAGUGUUCCAACAUUCCAGAGCCUUCCUGAAGAGAUCCUCAGCAAGCUUGCUGAUGUCCUCGAAGAGACCCAUUAUGAAAAUGGAGAGUAUAUCAUCAGGCAAGGUGCAAGGGGGGACACCUUCUUCAUCAUCAGCAAAGGAACAGUUAAUGUCACCCGAGAAGACUCCCCAAGCGAAGACCCCAUCUUUCUUCGAACUUUAGGGAAAGGAGACUGGUUUGGAGAGAAAGCUUUGCAAGGGGAAGAUGUAAGAACAGCUAAUGUAAUUGCUGCAGAAGCUGUCACCUGCCUUGUGAUUGACAGAGACUCUUUCAAGCAUCUGAUUGGAGGGCUGGAUGAUGUUUCUAAUAAAGCUUAUGAGGAUGCAGAAGCUAAAGCAAAAUAUGAAGCUGAAGCUGCUUUCUUCGCCAACCUGAAGCUGUCAGAUUUCAACAUCAUUGACACCUUGGGAGUUGGAGGUUUUGGACGAGUAGAGCUGGUCCAGUUGAAAAGUGAAGAAUCCAAAACAUUUGCAAUGAAGAUUCUCAAGAAACGCCACAUCGUGGACACCAGACAGCAGGAACACAUCCGUUCGGAGAAGCAGAUCAUGCAGGGGGCCCAUUCUGAUUUCAUUGUCAGGCUGUACCGAACAUUUAAGGACAGCAAGUAUUUGUAUAUGCUGAUGGAAGCGUGCCUGGGUGGAGAGCUCUGGACCAUUCUCAGGGAUAGAGGUUCUUUUGAAGAUUCUACAACCAGAUUUUACACAGCUUGUGUGGUAGAAGCAUUUGCCUAUCUGCAUUCCAAAGGAAUCAUUUACAGGGACCUUAAGCCAGAAAAUCUCAUUCUAGAUCACCGAGGCUACGCCAAACUGGUUGACUUUGGCUUUGCAAAGAAAAUAGGAUUUGGAAAGAAAACAUGGACUUUCUGUGGAACUCCAGAAUAUGUAGCCCCAGAGAUCAUCCUCAACAAAGGUCAUGACAUUUCAGCUGACUACUGGUCACUGGGAAUUCUAAUGUAUGAACUUCUGACUGGCAGCCCACCUUUCUCAGGCCCAGAUCCUAUGAAAACCUAUAACAUCAUCCUGAGAGGGAUUGAUAUGAUAGAAUUUCCAAAGAAGAUUGCCAAAAAUGCUGCUAAUUUAAUUAAAAAACUAUGCAGGGACAACCCAUCUGAAAGAUUAGGAAAUUUGAAAAAUGGAGUAAAAGACAUUCAAAAGCACAAAUGGUUUGAAGGCUUUAAUUGGGAAGGCUUAAGGAAAGGUACUUUGACACCUCCCAUCAUACCAAGUGUGGCAUCACCCACAGACACAAGCAAUUUCGACAGUUUCCCUGAGGACAGCGACGAACCGCCCCCUGAUGACAACUCGGGCUGGGAUAUAGACUUCUAAUGCAUUUCUCUUACCUGCUUCUGCCUUGCUGAAGACAGCUUUUUCUGAGACACAGCUGCCAGCAAACACGAGGGAAAGAGAGAAGAUUAGUGCUCGGGGUCACCAUGAUGCCUUUGAUCGAUGCUGCUCCAGUAACUACAGUGGCAUUAGGACUUAUUGCUUAGAUGACAAUAGUGCUCUUUACAUGUUUUCUGUUUUGAAUCUAACAUAGCAGUUGACAUGGUGGUCCUGAAGCAAAGUCUUUCACCAGUAAAGAGAUGUUGUUUUUUUCUGUUGUUGCAAUGAUCUUGCUUUGCUCUGAUUAUAAUUUGAAAGACUGUAGGAGACACUUCAACUUAGUAGAGGAGUCUAUACCCUGCUAGAGUUAUCAAGAGGAUGAAAGAAUAAUAUAUUGAGUAGGGGAAAUGACUAGGGUACAGAUCCUGGGCUUAUUCCCUGUUUUCAAAUGAAGGUUGUGAAAUCUGUUACUGUGAGCCAGUAGGUAUACUGUACACAGAAGACCACAUAUCUGUGGGUCACAGCAUUCAUGUCAAACCAGUGCUAGAAGUUUCACUAUUUUAUUUCCCAGCAGUGCUGAUGACAAGACUGAAUGUUAUCUUUUCUUUCUGACAGAUUUUUUAAAAAUUGGUAUGAUAAAAGCACAACUGCUAUGGGAUUGCUGAGCCCUUUCUGUAGCAGAGUCAUGUGUGUUUUCCGAAGAUUGAAAAAAAUGCAUGGUAUUUGUUUGUUCCUUUUUGAUAAAUUGGCAUGACAGAAUGGGAGGAAAAAACAAUUCACAAAAUCAUUUCAUAUUUAAAUAUAUAUAUAUAUACAUAUAGUGCUUAAAGAGGGUCCUGGAAAUGAGUAGCAGCAAAUUGGUUUUUAUUUAUUACCUAACAUACCCUCAAACUGGGGCUUCAAAUAUUCCCUUUUAUAAAAAUGAACCCUUGGGGUAGGGGAGGGAUAGGGUGGAAGGCAUUAAGGUCCAUCCAAAAAAUAAAAAAUAAAAAAACUCUAUAGGUGCUAUGUAUAUCUUUCAUCUGUAAUGUCAAUGUCUGAACAGACAACAGAAAUUCUAAUCAUUACAUGUCUAGCCAGAGAUGCAAGCAUUUUCACUAAAUUUAUUAAAUCAAAUUUCUGUCAGAUUUCACUUAUACAACAUAGUCUGGGUCUGAGAGAGAAAGGUGAUAUAUAUCAUAUAUAAUAUAUGAUAUUUACAUAUGAUAUUAUAUAUAUGAUAUAUAUAUGAAUGAACUAGCUCCUUGUCUUAGGCCUGAACUAAAAGAAACAAACAUCAGAAAGAAAUAGAAAAUAAAUACAGAGUCAAAGAUAUGAAGAUUUUCUAGAACCAGGAACUUUGCUUAUGUAAGGUCACAGAACAUGACAAGAACCAGGUACUGAUUAUCUUUUGAUGAAGUAGUCAGAAUUUGUCAAAAUAGGAAGAGUUUAGAGAGGAAAACAGGAAAGGGAUUUCCUAAAAAUAAAAGCUAAAUAAGCCAGAAAUAAUUGCAAUCCUGAAGUUUCUUGUUAGCUAGAAAAGCUUGGAUUUUUAAUAUCAAAUGUUUUCAUGUGAGAAAAAGAAUCAACAAAUUAAGUCUGGUGAUACCUGGCCAUGUUACUGUGAUUAGUUGUCCUAUGUAGCAGAAGCUUCUUUCAGGCAGAUACAUUAUACUUACACAGAGAUAUGUAUUACCAUCCAAGCUGUCAUCCUGGUGUAGAUAUUUGUGUUAAUUUGGCCUAAGAAAUAUAUAUUUGCUUUUUGGUCUAAGUAUGUUUUGCUUGUUUUUUGUCUAAGUGUAGGUUUGGUCAGUGUAGAAAAUUCUAUAAAGUAUGUCCAAUUAGAUUAUGAUGUCCCAGCCCAGAAAGCAAAUAUUAUGAGUUUUGACUACAUUUUUCAUAUUCAAAAGUACUUUAGAAUAUAUUUUCAAAAUAUAAUAGGCCGAUGACCUAUUAUACUAAAGGUAAAUAAUUAGAAACUAAUAAAAGCAUUAUAAUUAGAAAAAAUAAGACUUUGAUCUAAGUUAUUUAUUGUAUUAUUGGCAUUUUCCCUCCUUUUCAAGCAAUUUUUCAAAAUCAGUCUAUUCCCAGACAUCUGCUGAUCACUAUAGACUUAGAAUAUAAAGUGAAAAACAUCUACUUAAAAGCUAGCUAGGAUAGAUGUUAUUUCAGAAGUGUUGUUUCUUUUAACUGAGCUUUAAAAUAGAUCAUUUCAACUUUAGCAUCAAUGUCAGUGACUUUUGUUGAAAGCUAGUGUAAUUUAACCAUGCUAAAGGCUUGGUAGAAUAUAGCAUUUAUUUUCCUUGUCAUUAGCAAAGUGAAUCUACUUCUACAAUUAAAAAAAAAAUCUCAACAGCCCCAGAAGUGGUCGGUAACAGAGGAUUUGGGACCUAUGGUUCAAGUCUAAGACAACAUAUGUGUAAGCACAAUGGAAAGUGAGAAGUGGCAUUCAGCACAUUAUAAUUAUAGGUUGUUUUCCCACUUAGAACUGAAUCCCUAUUCAUUUCACAUCAUUGCAUUAGAUUGUUGAAAGCAAUCACCAAAAUAAAACAAAGGUGAGCUAUAAUUUCCAAGAACUGCUAACAGAAAACAUUCACCUGGUAUUCAAUACUUAGUUUUAAGGAUUUAAAUCUCGUCUAAAUGAAGACACUAGGGCUAUACUUCAUGGUCAGCUUCACAAAAUGCAUCUACUUUAGUUCUGAAAUUUUCACAUCUCCUCUUUUUUAUUACAUGAAAAAAAUCUGGGUAAGUUAGAACAGUGCCAACCUGUUUGAUUUGUUAACUGACUUAAUUGUUAAUAUUUUGAGUAUGGGAAAUGGGGCUUUCUGUGUGUCUUGACUCACAAAGAAACUGAAAACUGCCAAGGGAAGGAAUGCCAUUAUGUUUGAAAUAAAUUGAAUUCAUUAGAGAAAAUGGUUUAUGGAAAUUGUUAUAAUUGAUUUUUUUAGGUUUCUUUUUUGUUAUUAAGAGAUGUAUCAGAUCCAUGUAGCAUUUAAAACAAAUUUAUUUUGAUUGUAUUCUUUCAAUUAUAUUUUUUCAAUGAUGGAAGAAACAUGUGACAGACACAUGUGAAAUAAUAUAUAAAUUCAACUAUAGAAUUCUUGUAGUUUCAUUUCUAAAUAACUGAACUGAUGAUGAACUUAAAAGUCAUCUAUGAGAUUGAAGGCAAGGAUGUUAGAACUGAAUUCAGAAAACAGAUGAUCUGUGCAUUAUCCAUAAAAAUGUUUUCUUUCACGAUAGGACCACAGACAAAUAUUUAUGUAAAUAGAUAUUUUUGUGUGAUAUUUUGUGGUACAUAUAACUUUUUUUUAGUGUUUCACAGCAUUAUUAUUUCUUUUUAUUUUAUUGAAUAAUGGUUUAGGUCCAAGUAGACUUGAAUUAAUGUCAUAUUUGUCAGUAUUAUUGAAAAUUAUGUCAACGGUACUGUCACUCAUCUGUCCCAUAGUUUAGAACAUGACCUGGCUAUCUGGCAUUGUUGCAAGUGCCUUAAAUUCAUGGCAUCUUAUAAAAAAACAAAUUUGGUGUUAUGCUGCAUGACAAAGACAAACACACCUCAAAAUGUUGUCCUUUCUUAGCUUGCUGCGUUUUACAGUUCUUUCUGCUAACAAUUUAUAAACCUUUAUUAUAUAACAUUGAUGAAUUACAGAAAUGAUGAAGUUGUUCCCUUAUUUCUGUUAAAUGUUCCAGAGCUGUGUAUCUGUUCAUGAGAUACAGCAUCAUUUCUGUGAAAUGUAUAAAUGUAUGUGCAGGUGAACUUAAUACAUGACAUACUAUCAGUCUGUAUACAGGUAUUCCUGUUUUGCUAAGUUGUGCCGAGUCAGUAAAAUAAAACAAAUUUGUGCAGUCAAAUCCUCACAUUUCUCAUUGUGUUCACUCCAUGAACCAUGGUCCAACCCAAAAGAGUUAAAAAAAUAAGUAAAAAAAUUGGAAAUGACUGCGCACCACACCUCGUUAUGAAACCAAUGAUGAAAAAGUACCCUGGUGCACCUCUCAACAAAACAGGACGCUUUCUCUGAGUGCUUGUAUAUGCAAAUCAGCUAUGAAGCAAAUAUCCAACAGACUUAGAAAGCAAAACUUUGAAAGUAUGUUGUUAGCUCUCCUCAUUAUCUGCUCCUGUGUCAACAGACAGAGCUCUGGGACCUUGACCAUAACUCAGAGGUUUGGGCUUUCUGAGUAAAGGGAUAUUUCUUUUAAGCACCAUCAAUCAAAUUAAUUUUCAAUGUAUAAUGUUUUUACAAAUGGUGAGUUCUUUUGUAUUCUUACAGCUAUAGUUUAUUUGACUGUCCUCUUCCCACUUGUUCUACAUGAAAGAGUCUUUUGUUAGUCAGAAUGCAACAAACCGUCAUCAAAUGGUCCUUGACCACUUGCACUCUUUACAUGUAGAUGAAGAACUUUUUCAUAAACUUAACCUGCUUUGAUUUGCUCUGUAUUUUUCCUGCAGCUGUAAUUGCCGAGUGCCUGUUGUAUACUUUAUAGAGUUGAAAUAAAAAAAUAAUUACUUUUGAA